GGCCAAUGUUGGGUCCACAGACGGGUCCGGCAUUUUCAUCGUCGAUGACCUGAACUCGGCGCUCGCAGAUGGGCGGGGUACCAGAGGCCAGUAGGGCUUUGUAGUGUGCGUGAUUGCUUGCUGCUUGUGCUGUAUCCGACUGCGUGUAUGGGGAUGUUUGAAUUCUGCCAGCCGAAAAAUUUUCCCGUAUGUCUCAUGGCCUGUUGUCGUUCCUCAGCCCUGGCGAUUUGUGUCAGCAGGGUUGGUGUUUUUGCUGCUCCAAGGUGCUGAAGGAAUGGUUGAGUUCUUGCAGGACUGGAGUCCAGAUCUUCUGAAAAGCAUUUUCGUCUUGUGUCAAAGUUCUCUGGGUACCAUGGGCACUUUGCGUCGAUCGGAUGUGAUGUCAAUUCAGAACAUGUGCGCAAAGAGUUUAUUGGAUGGAUUAGAAUCAUCCGAGGAGCAUCCGGAGUUCCGUGGAAAGAGAUCUUCGAGAAAUAUUUCCGCGACCUUGACAAAAACAUGGGAAUGAGCCAACUCCAUGACCCAGACAUAUGAAGUGUAAAUUUGUUCACGAUGAGAGAGGUUUCUGUUGGAUGGAUUGGUGGCGUGAAUCGUACAAGCAACCCCGUUCUGAUUUGCAGCAGUAUUCUACUCAGAUGUCGAGGUCUGAAUCGCGGGAUGGCGGAUGAUCAGAUGUAGUUCUUGCACUCGGUGCAAAGAAACGAGACCUACAUAUGUGCAUGCAGCAAGGUAAGAGACCCUCUGGGAAGGGGAGAAAUUCUCUGCCCCGGAUUUCGGCUGUUCUAAGUCAUGAAAACAGGAAAUGUCUGAUUCUUUGCAGAUGUGACAACUUCCGCUAGAGAGUGAGUGCAAGAGACCAAAUGUUUGCCAUCAAUACAAAAGUGCCCAUCCCUGCACUCAACAAGUUUACACGGCACUUCGUGCCAUAACGGAACAUGUACGCUUUGUGGCCAAGUGCUGCGAAGAAGAGAACAAGAUGAUGUCUGACUCACUUCAUCAUGGUUCCACCACAAAACACGGUACCAUGAACAGAGUCUACGAGGCAGACACGAUGCAUGUUCAAGAAUAUCGUGGACUGACACAACUUUUCAGCUUCCACUCAUUCCACUACAAAAUAGAACUACAAAAAAGUGAUAUGUCCGAAACUCGAGAACGACAAAGAAUGAAUCAUUUCUCAACUGCGACGCAGGAGCCUAUGGUUGCAGGGGAAUCAGUAUAUUUAGAUCGUUGCAUAAACUGUUUUAAGUAAAGUGCUUCCAUUUUGGAAUAGCGUGCUCUGGGUACUGCUAUCCAUACAAUUCAGUCUCCCUGAAAACUUCGACUAUGUUAUUUCCAGUAGUAUCUCCCAUUCAAUUGUGACCUAAUUGGAUCUGGCCUUGUAUCCGGGCUUCCCAUCCUGUCUGCUUCAUUAUUUGGUCGCUUUAUUUACCAAGUUGAGGUUAUCUACGGGCGAGAAUUUAGGGCAUGCUAUCUUAGUACACGAGGUUUCGGUCUCAACUAGCGCACGGAAUAGAUCAAGGACGAGGAAAAAGGGACGAGUGAGCUUCUCUUCAUACGAGGAAAGAAGACCUAAAGACGAGCACAUUGAGCCGGUUACUUGCAUACAUGUGGGCGGCGGUGGGGGCUUGUACCAUCCUUCAAUUCUCUGCUAUCCGCUUGUAAGCCUGAAAGAAAGAGUGGAAACUCGGCUGAAGAAUUUGGUGAUAUUCGAUUGACAUUGAGCUUGAGGAGAUACUCGCACUCGAGUGAUAGGAAUGUCAGCUACCUACGUGCUUUUGAACGAAGCGAACACACAAUUGGGUAAAAUCGAUGUUCGUGAAGAGCAAGCUAGGCAGGGUGGAAGCGGGAAGGCUGGCUAUGGUGUUGUGGAAAUCUGAACCCUCGUGAUGCAAAAGUGGCCAUGUUGCAAUUUGUUAUCAAGAUGUGGUGAAAUACAUUCGGUGGCUCAAGUUAAGCUAGCGUGGCACAUUACCGACAGCCACUAGCAUGAAAUUUUCAAGCUUUUGGAAGACUAGAUGGCCCAAUCAGGUCAUGCAGACUUCAGAUUGUCCCCCACCUUUAAAGUCCGUGCGUAUUAAAAUCUAUGGAUUACCAAACUAAUGAGGUCCAAACAACACAAGAUCCAAAAAACUGGAAGUUUUCUCCACGAACCAGGGAUCUACGAUGCCAGAGCAUCGUAGAUAAAAUGGUUUAAAUUCAGAAGAAGUUUUACAAAUGUUUGAUUCUUCGUAAAGUAAAUGAUCUCGGAUUAU